GGCAACCAAUGGCGUGAGGGCAGCAAAUUUAAAAAGGAACCGCCUUCAUUUGUGUCUCUAUUACAACUUUUUCCUGCUGUCAGGAAAACGCUCGUAAAUAGGACGUCAGUUCAGCUACAAUGGCUCACAUGAUUACAGAGCGUGAAAAUGAUGGUCUGAGACUGUCCCAUCUUGGCUUCAAACCAGAUAAAUCCCUGAAAACUCCAGCGAAGACCAUGAGAACUCCUUUGGCUCCCGGUCGCAAGGCCUUUGGAGUUGUCAAUACACACUUUUCCACCCCUGUUGUCAAAGUGCAAGAGAAAAAACCUGUGAAGCUUCAGGAAGCCAAAGUCAAACUUCUUCCACAGAAGAAAUCAGAGGAGUAUCCAGAAAUUGAGAAGAUGAUUCCCUAUGAUCCCUUGGAGUUUGAGAAAUACAGUGUCCCAGAAGAUCUGAUUCCUCUAGGUGGAAUUCCUCUGUCUGGUGUGGGGUUCCCACAAGGUCCUCUGCCCUCUGAGGAAGACCUGUUUGCAUACCUGGCACCGCUGCCAAGCAUGUCACCUGUGAAGAUGCCACAAUGCUCUGGUAUCGAGACUUAUGGCAACUAUGCAGAACUAGAUGCCUUCCUGCAAACACUUGAAGAGCUGACUGUUCCACCAGAGCCUGAUAGUGACUGAAUAAUAUCCAAUCUUACUUAUCCUGUUCAUGUUCAGCUUUACUGGAGUGAAGGUUUUAUUGUUUUAAGCACACUUAUUUGCAAUGUAUUGUCACUUGUUCAAUAAAACACU